CCUCUGCUCGCCACCAUCAUCUCGUCCUACGUGUUUUGUAUACAGUCGUUUCAUAUACUACUGCUGCUUCCAGCGCGACGCGUCACUCACGGCUGUCUUUGGCCCUGGCUGGUAAAAUCUGCCCCCCAAAUCCGAAUCGGAAUCUCAUCGUCCAAUUGUUUCCCUCCGCCUCACAUGCGGUCAUACCUCUGAGGCUUCGAAUACGAACGUGGAAUAGGGCUGACGCGACGCUGCGGCAGCUGACUGAGAACAUACGGUUGGCCAUCCGUGAAGAGGCCUGGAUAGGGAGGGCUUCGGAUGGUAUGCGUAGACUAUAAAAGGGGCGCAGGACGAAGCUUGAACAACAAGCGAUCCUUUCCCUCUAACGCAAACUAGCUCUUCUACCAACAUGUCUGCACCCGUCCAGUACGUCCAGCUCGGCAAGAGCGGCUUGCGUAUCUCUGUGCCUAUUAUUGGCGCCAUGAGCUACGGCAACCCCAAGUGGGCGGCUACUGACGAGUCGACUCAAUGGGUUAAGGGCGAGGAAGAAGCGCUCCCUAUCCUGAAGGCCGCUUGGGAUCGUGGUAUCAACACCAUCGACACCAGCAACAACUACUCGAACGGUGACUCUGAGCGCAUCGUCGCCAAGUUCAUCGAGAAGUACCAAAUCCCGCGCGAGGAGAUCGUCAUCGCCACCAAGUGCUGGGGCCUCGUCGGCAAGGGCGCCGACCACGACGUCCUCACCUUCCUCCAAUUCCCCGAAAUGAACAACCGCAAGCAGUACAUUAACCAGUCCGGUCUCUCGCGCGCUGCGAUCUUCUACGCCGUCGAGGAGUCCCUGAAGCGCCUCAACACCUCGUACAUCGACCUCUACCAGAUCCACCGCUUCGACUUCAGCACGCCGCCCGAGGAGACGAUGAAGGCGCUGCACGAUCUGGUGGAGGCGGGCAAGGUGCGCUACAUCGGCGCGAGCUCGAUGCGGUGCUGGCAGUUUGCGCUCUUGAACGAGGUCGCGGAGAAGAAUGGGUGGACGAAGUUUGUGAGCAUGCAGGACGAGUACUCGCUGCUUUAUCGCGAAGAGGAGCGCGAGAUGCUGGCAUACUGCAAGCACCACGGCAUCGGCGUCAUCCCGUGGUCGCCCCUCGCUGGCGGCCAGCUCGCGCGCCCGGUGGCAGCAUCCGAGACUGCUCGCAGCAAGCUUUACAAUUCCAUUCGCCCGAAAGGCGAGGACCCGAUCGAGACUGAGAUCGUCAAGCGCGUCGAGGAGAUUGCGAAGAAGCGCGGUUGGACGAUGUCGCAGGUCUCCCUGGCGUGGGUGAAGCGCUCGGUGUCCAGCCCAAUCGUCGGCAUGAACGCGAUCAAGCGCGUCGAGGAGAGCAUCGUGAGCGGCGAGUUGACGGAUGAAGAAGCCAAGUAUCUCGAGGAGCCGUAUCAGCCGAAGCCCGUCCGAGGACACGCUUGAGGACUAUAGUCGAAGCUGCAUGUUAUCCUCAAUGUACAUACUGUAUAUUUGCACAAACAAAUCGUGACUUUGAACAUCCAAGUCGUGCAUUGCAG